AUGACGUAUGUGACUGUCACUGCAGGCAUCAACGUCGAGCAGUUUGGUUCCAGUGCCACCGCAUCUCAUGCUGAAACAGGCUGGGAUAGUUGUCAAGAGCGACAGCAACCUAUUGGAGCAGGUCAAGGCUUGCAAAAUGGUUCGCAGGCUCGGAACAAUGAAGGCUGCACGCCCUUGGGUGAUGCGUUUGCCAUUUGCCAAGCCCUGGGGCUGACGAGAAGCGAGCUCGUCAGCAUGUCGGUGCGGCAGCUGAACAUUCGGGUGCGCACGGCCCACCUUGAUGGCCAGCAGACACGUGCCCUCAAGCACCUGCGACGCAUGCUCAAGAACCGGGGCUACGCGGCAAUCUGCAGGACACGUCGAGUCGAGCAGCGCGGAUACCUGGAAGAACAGAAAGAAACGAUCCGCGCGCACAUCGAGGCUCUGGAGGCCGAAAACGACGAGAUAGCCGCGGAUAUAGCACGCGUAAGACGAGACUUUACUGGCCUUCUCGCGUGGUGCAUCGAACACCAAAUGCUGACGGUGGAAGAGAUCCAGUUCUUCGAGGGUCUUCGGCGAGAAUUCGAGUAGAUGGCAUUUUUUAACGGCAAUGACUUUUAGUCUCUGAAAGUCUUUGGUCUUUCAGAAGGCCUUUGGUCCCUCUCUUUUUUUCAUCUGUAGGUUUGAUUUACUGUGGAGCUGAAGUCAGAGCAGAGCGCUAGUUCUAAGAUUUUAUGUGUUCGGAUAAUGCUGCUUGAGUUUGUGCCCAGGGUGACGCCAAAUUUAACGGUUGCAUAUUGUCUUCCGCGCUGUUUGGCAGUGUCCUGCUUAUACAGCACAAUUUCUACCUUAGCUAUUUCGUAGUUGUGACUUGGCAAAUGUGCGUGUUAUGCAAAGCAUUUUCACAUGAUGGUAUGGUAUGUUUGUGUUAAUAUAAAGGAACACGUGUAUAAUAUGGUUAUUAAAAUGUUCGUUCUAUACUUCUACU